CGGCCCUUCUCAUUCGAUCAUAUAUAACACUAUUCAGGCAAAUCAACAGAACCAUUUGGAAACGAAGCGUACGUUAACAACCAAGAACAUGGAUUCAGAACCUGCGACGCCGGUGAGCGAACCUGAGAUGGAGAUCGACACGGACGUGCCUACACCUACCGGGGACCGUGCGCCCGACGGAGAAGCAGGUGAUUCUGAAGAGAAUCUCACGGUUGAGCAAAUACACGCGAAGUACGACGAACACUACUUUAGGACCUGUCGUAUUCACCGUGAGAGCACCCCUCUGCGACCGGAGAGUGAGGAGGAAAUGAUGCAGCAAUUUGGAGAGAUCGUGGGAAAGAUUCUUGAUGCUGUCAAGGCUAGAGACUGGGGUCUUGUCGCUAAUUGGGAAGGGAUCAUGCAGUGUUGGAACAUGCUCCAGUAUCCUAUUUCCCGUCCCUUGCGUGCUAAGCUCGCAGCCCUCUUUUAUGCCCUCCUCACUACCCCCGGCAUCGACGGCCGCCUCAUACACGCCUUCGCCUCAAGUCUGUACAACUUGAUCGAGAAUAGGAAGCGCCUCGCGAUCGAGGACUGGCAGCCCGACUGGAGGCCGCUGUGGGAGUUGAUGCAGAGAGAGUAUAAGCUUGAUCGAAGGGCCGAUUCCACCUCGAGCUUGGCAAGCAUAUACCUGCAUGCGUGUGGGAACAUUAACCGCUUCAUCCCCGCUUCCGAGAUCACCCCUCUUCUGGAGACGUUCCUUUCAAAGCUGAAUAUAACCGUUCCCGAUACCUACCUCCUGCACAUGGGUCCUCUUCUCGCGCUCCUACCCCGCACUGAGCCUGAACGCUACCUUCCCCCUCUGCUCACCAUCUGGGAGUCCCUAAACAGUGCCAUCAUCGACGAGCGGAUGCUCUCCUUCCUAUCUACGCUCGCUGUGCGCCAUAUAGAGCCAGACGAGCGCGGAGAAGGUGGGGACUGGGUGCGGAUCAGAGAGGGGCAGGACGGUGUAGGCAUGUGGCAGGACAAGACUUGGAGGAGGAUUAUGGGCAAAUGCCUGAGGGCAUUGAAUGUGCCCCUCGCAGGAUCCUCAGGCUCCUCGAGCACAGCAGCGCAUGCUGACCUUGCCUCAUCUACCAAAGCCCAGCGUCUGCACCGGCCUGGCUCCCCCAUCCAGUCCCUGUCCAAGAUCAUCGUCUAUUCCAUGGCACCCGAUGGACCGGUAAAGGGUGCCACGAGUGGGGCAGGCCCAAGCGGCACCGUUACUCCGAACGGCAUUAUCGCCAGUGGAAUGCCUGCCUCCCUCGGCGGGGGAGCGGCGAACAAGGGCUAUCUUGGUGGGUCCAAGGCGCUCGAGAGUCUUGAUCGACUCAUCACCUCUACCGAAUCCUUCUUCCACCCAUCUAAUGCCGGAGUCUGGACUGUCGACCUGACAAACUUCAUCAACCGUAUUACGUACGAGUUCCUGAAGCGUACGAAAGAAGAAGAGCGAAAGCACUGCAAAACGCCACCUGAGCGGCGGCUCACCCCACUCAUGCGGCUUUCUCUUGUCCGCUCGCUCAAGACCGUCGCACUGCUAGCGAUGUUCUCCAAAGAUCCUGUCAGCGUGCUCAACGCCCAGCUCGCUCUGCGUAACAUGGCUUUGCUGGAACCGGGGGAGAUCAUGCCUGAACUUGUGGAGCGGGCAUAUGAGGGUUUGGAAGUGAUCAACGAGACGCACCGGACGACUGCAGUGAUGAGCGCUACUGCUGCAGUAGCGGCGCCUCUGGUGAACGGCAGUUUGUGGAAAGAUGCCGGGAAGCAUGUUGCUCCUUUGCUUGAGCUGUGUCUACCUGGCAUCGAUCUCAAUGAUCCGGGGAAGACAAUGUGUAGCACUUUGGUGGUUGUGGCUAUCUGUCAGCAGAUCUAUAUAUCCGAUCUGAGCUUGGUCGACCUCGAUGGAGUGGAGAUUUCCGAAGAAGAGAGAGCGCUGAAGAAUAGCAGUGCUGCGUUUGCAGACUGGGUAACGAUGUACAUCGAACGUGUCUUCACGCUUAUCGAGAACCUGCCCGAAGAGGGCGGGCGGGGCAAUCGUACAGGCGGCAAGUCGGAAGACAACGUGCUUAAGUCUGUCCAAUCCUCUGUUGAUGUACUGUGUUCGCACCUCUCGCCCACGCUGUUCGACUUCGUCCUCGAGAUGAUAUACCAAUACGCGAAGACAACUGUGCGCUCUAACGGCGUGCGCGCGGUGGGCAACCUCGUGCUUAGCUUGGCUAAGGCGGAUCCUGGGAAGACGAUCAAGCGUUUCUGGCCGCUUUGCAGGAAUAGGGUCAGAGAGGAGCUCGAGAAUGGCGCAAGUAGUAUCCGGAGCACGAGCAGUGGCGUGGGUGUGCCUGGUGAUACGGCGCUGCAUUGGAAUCUGUCUAUCCUGAGGGGCGCAUUCCAUUUCAGCUGCCCGGAGCUGCUGAAGAUCAAGGACGAGGUCAUAGAUCUCUUGGCGCUUUUGAUUGAGAAAGCAAAGAGUGAACGAGGCUAUUCAUACACUUCACGAAUCAUCACCAAGGUCAUGGGUGCUCUUUCGACGGUCUAUCCUGCAGAGUAUAAUCUUGUCAAUCCAGAAGAACUCGACAGUGAAGACUUUCAGAAGAGGCACAACAAGUAUUGGGGAAAGACGUAUAAGGCCGAAGAAGUAAACAUCAAGUGGCAUGUGCCGCUCGAUGAAGAGACUGCUUUCAUCUUGGAUGUUCUGGAGAAGCUCAUCAAACCUCUGACUGAGAAGCUUGACGCGCUGUUGGCUGAGGACGCAACUCGCGACAGUGCAUGGAGAAACGAUUUUGUCCGUUUCACCGCGGCUGCCAAGGCAACUUGGGCUGGACUCGGCUCGUUGUAUCAAGAGACUGCGAAGGAAGGCGGGAUGGAUAUGAUGGAUCCUAAGGUCGACCUUCAGCACUUUUCUCCUCAGGGUCCACACCCACAAGACUGCUUUGUCUUGACGGAUCCCAAGGAUCCACGAUAUCAGAAGGUUGUGGCACUGCGUGAAGCAUGGGGCGAGGUACUUCAUCGUGCUUCCUUGUCUUUGCUGAACUCCGGCAAUGAGGAUUUCACUGAUGUUGUAACACAAAUCGUUCGCGCGAUUGAUGGAUACAUGACGGAGUACGGUGUCCAGCGGUCCACAUACGACAGCGACCACAAGCGAUACAACGUCACCCGUGAACUCACUCGUGUCUGGCCUAAACAGAAGACCUUCCCCCGGCAUAUCUGGGUUCGACGAGCAUACCUUCAUGUCCUGGCUAGGAAGUACCAGCAUUCUCUAUUCCGGAAGCGAUCCGAGCUGGAUGAUCGGUUGAUUUCUGUGCUCACAGAAUUUUCGCUCUCACCCUACACCCGUGUCAGGAAGUCGGGCCAAUCAGUGCUUUUAGCUCUCUCGACUACUUAUGUUCGCUCUACGCAUUUCAUACUGCCGAAAGUUUUCGAAGCCUUGAAUCCGGGCACAGAUCCCGAUCGCAUGAAAGGAGCGUUGCACGUCCUCGGGCAGAAGACGACCACUGCCUUCGUUAUUCAGAAUUGGCGUUUUCAGGCUCGGUACAUGAUGGCUGUCCUUGAGUCAUCCUGGCAGGAGAAGCCUUCAAUCCAGCAGCUUGUAUCUUCAAUUGCUCAAGAAAUUCUUGCGGCACUACCGGAGGCGGUAUCCGCCACGGUCAUGCGGGAUCCUCAUGUCGUAUUGCCCAUCCUGGAUAAAGCUGUCAAUGAUAUCAGGCUGACGAGUCUGAUUGCCGGCGAGAAUGAGGUAUUGAUCGCUGCAGUUGAGGCGUGUGCCAUGGAGAACUUGAAGCGAAAAGAGUCUGCCUACAUUGAUCUCUUGGACAAGAUUGUCGCUGUAGGCAACGCUCCCACAACUCAUUGGCGAUAUGGUCAGAUGGCAAUACGCUUUUUACGCGUUCUGUUACGGCGAGAUCGAGCCACCAAUCCUGAGGUAGCAGCGCUGUUUGCCAAAAACGUUGCUUCAGAUAACCCUAGUACCAGACGGUAUUCUCAACUGGCCCUGGAGAAGGUAUUGGAAUUGAUCAAACUGAGAACGAUGGCCCAAGACACGCGGCAGCUGUUCAUAGAGUCGGGCCAGAACCCGCUGAAAAUCAAGGCGCCAUACCCAAGCGCGGAAACUUUCUGGGAGAAUGAGACAUCUAACCACGGCCCACUCUAUGACAAGGUCCCAAGUGGGGUUCUAAUAAUGACUGCAUCGGUCGACGCCUACAAGCCUGCACCGGAAAUUGAAUCCGGGUUCGAAUGGGAGCCUGACAGCCAUCCAACACUUGCCGCUAUCCGGGCCGUCGUCGAUGACCAAUGGUUCAAUAGACUAGCAAAUCUAUAUUCGCAGGAGUCUAGUGGCAGCGGCAAAGACGCACGGCACGAUAACGUGCGCUUCAUCAUGCGUAUCUUCAAGGUCUUGGAAGAUGAGCCCAUGGGACGUGCUAUUACCGUGUUAGAGCCUAUGAUGGAUGAUAAGGACCGCUUCAAGCAGAGGGCUGCCGCAGAAAUGUUAGCGGGCGUUCUUCGCGGGAGCAAGAAUUGGCCAAGGAAAUCGACCAAGCAGCUGUGGGAUUGGGUUACUCCAAAGCUACCUGGCAUUUUUGACCGUAUUACGCCUGACACCUUAAAUUACUGGGAGUACUUCUUGACCAUUGUUUUGUCGGAUCGUGACCCCCGCCGUUGCGCUGGGCUUAACUUUGUUAUUGACCGAGGCCUUGCUGUCGACUUCGCUGGCGAGUCUGCCUUCAAGAUCAGUAACGCCGUAGCUGCAGCCGGCAUUGUCGGGGCUGCAUGGACCAUGAAAUUUGAGCCCUGGACAUCUCGAUUCCUCGACCUCUCGUGGAAGAAUCUAGGAUCGGGAUUUGCCGAAGUGCGCACGCAAGUAGCUGCGAAUAUUGAAAUUUUCUUGAAUAUCCAAUGGCACCCACUGUACAGUGAUGUCCACACCUUUGCAGAUGCUUGUAGGAAGCAUGGAGUGGAUGCGUUGUCCGUUGUCAAUCCCGCUCAGCUAAAGCGGGUUGAAAGUCUGGCGGAUAUCCUACCAAAACUGAAAGAAACACGCCUGUCAGGACCCAAAGUCAAUCAAUCUGAGUAUGACAAAGUUGGCCUAAGCGCUAUGAAGUGGAUCUGGUUGCGAGCUCAUAGCAGUGUUGCACCUUCUAUUUACCCAUACAUGCAACCCUUAAUGCAGGAAGCAUUACGCAUGAGCGAGUUGAUGGAUUCGUCCGACCUUCGCUCUUACGCCAUUGGUUUACUCUACAUCCUUUCUGCAGUCACCCCUUCUGUACAAUACGUUGAACCAGUGAUGGAUGCCCUUAUUGAAGCUGUUCGGACUUCUCCCUCAUGGAGGGUUCGACUACAAGUACUACCUAUCAUGCAGGUUUUCUACUUCCGACAGCUGCCCAUCCUUAGCGAUGAAUGCAGCAUCCGUGUACUGGAUGUGCUUGUAGAAUGUCUGGAGGAUGAAGCCAUCGAAGUACGGGAGAUGGCGGCGAAAACAUUGUCUGGGGUAAUCCGUUGUUCACAACGCCACAGUAUUUUGGAUCUAAAGGCACGUUUCGUGACCGCGGUCCACCAUGUCAGACUUCCUCCGCGGACAGAUGCGGUUUACAGCGCAUCUUUGCGUGUUCUCCAUGCAGGUGUACUGGGAUUGACGGCCCUCAUCGACGCAUAUCCUUACACGGUGCCCAACUGGCUUCCUUCCCUGCUUCCCGUUCUAGCCGAGCAAAGUUAUGAGAAACCACCAAUCUCCACCACUGUACGCAAGUGUGCCGCAAACUUCCGAAGAACGCAUCAGGACACGUGGCAUACAGAUAAGAAUAUGUUCGAUGAAGAGCAAAUGCAGGCGCUGCAGACGAUUAUCAGCGGCACCUCGUAUUAUGCAUGAAACUCAAGCACCGGUCCAAUGCCAUCCGUUAUGAUCUAUUCAGCUUUGUCAAAGAUUCUCAAU